ACCCUGAGCAGCGCUGGAUUGGCCCGGCCAUGCCAUCAUUCUCCGGACGCGUCACCGCCCCCGUUUCCGACCGUUCAAAGACCGGCAGUGGUGUUAGUGCUCGCGGGGCCGCGGCGGAGGGCACCGCGCUAUCAUCUUGCUCACUCCCACUCGCCCGCGGGUCGGCGCGCUCGCCCAGCCGAGCCGCGCACCAGGCUGCGGGGCUGCCACGCUGCACACUCACCGCUGCCUGGGUGACAGAGACAGCUAGUCUAGCUCCGAGAUGGGGAGUGGGCGAAGUUGACGAGCCCCCUACCCACAUUGCGCCCCUCCUGCCGCGAGGUGCGCUGCCCUCUCCAGGAGGUGCCCGCACGCGGCCCUGUUCCAGGUGUGCACGGGACACCCCGCCCCCUGGGACCCGAAAACUUCACCCCAAGUUUAAAGAGUGGACUCCGAGGGCGUUGCCCGGAGUCGGACUCCCGUCUCCGCGCAGAGGGAGCUGUCCUAGCGGCUUGCACGGCCGUCGGAGAGAGUUGACCCGCUGGAAACUUUAUCACCAUCAUCGUAAAUACUGCGCUUUACUGUUUCUCUCCCCGCAGGGGCUGCAUCCAGCGGUCUGUCGUGCGUACUUGUUUGCCAAAGGAGCCGCUGCAGGAAGACCCAGCGGGGAGCUGUUUCCCCAGGGGAUACCUGCAGCCCAGCCGAGGGGUUUGGGCGGCCUGGAUGCGCAGGACUCAGCCCCGCAACCGCUGACGCCGGGCGGCGGCGAAGUUUGGCUGCUGAGCGGCGCGGCGCAGGGCCACUGGACAGCGGGCAGCCGGGCAACCGCAGCUGCGGGAGCGAUGCCGGUGGGGGGCCUAUUGCCGCUCUUCAGCAGCCCUGCGGGCGGCGGCCUGGGCGGGGGUCUCGGCAGCAGUGGAGGCGGUGGCAGGAAAGGGUCGGGCCCCGCUGCCUUCCGCCUGACGGAGAAGUUCGUGUUGCUGCUAGUGUUCAGCGCCUUCAUCACGCUCUGCUUCGGAGCGAUCUUCUUCCUGCCUGACUCCUCCAAGCUGCUCAGCGGGGUCCUGUUCCACUCCAGCCCCGCCCUGCAGUCGGCCGCCGACCACAAGCCCGGGCCCGGGGGGCGCGCCGAGGACUCGGCAGAAGGGCGAGCCCGGCGAGGUGAUGAGGAAGCACCCGGAGACCCCGCCGCCGCCCUGGAAGACAACUUGGCCAGAAUCCGAGAAAACCACGAGCGGGCUCUCAGGGAAGCCAAGGAGACCCUACAGAAGCUGCCAGAGGAGAUCCAAAGAGACAUACUGCUGGAGAAGGAAAAGGUGGCCCAGGAUCAGCUGCGUGACAAGGCGAUGUUCAGGGGGCUCCCCCCGGUGGAUUUCGUGUCCCCCAUCGGAGCGGUUGGCCAGGAGCCUGCGGACGCAGCCAUCCGAGAGAAGAGGGCAAAGAUCAAAGAGAUGAUGAAACAUGCUUGGAAUAAUUAUAAACGUUAUGCCUGGGGAUUAAAUGAACUGAAACCUAUUUCAAAAGAAGGCCAUUCAAGCAGUUUGUUUGGUAAUAUCAAAGGAGCAACAAUAGUAGAUGCUCUGGAUACACUUUUUAUUAUGGAAAUGAAAGAUGAAUUUGAAGAGGCAAAAUCAUGGGUUGAAGAAAAUCUAGAUUUUAAUGUGAAUGCUGAAGUUUCUGUUUUUGAAGUAAACAUACGCUUUGUUGGUGGACUACUCUCAGCCUACUAUCUGUCUGGAGAAGAGAUAUUUCGAAAGAAAGCAGUGGAACUUGGGGUAAAAUUGCUACCAGCAUUUCAUACUCCCUCUGGAAUACCUUGGGCAUUGCUGAAUAUAAAAAGUGGGAUUGGAAGGAACUGGCCCUGGGCCUCAGGAGGCAGCAGUAUUUUGGCAGAAUUUGGGACUUUGCAUUUGGAGUUUAUACACUUGAGCCACUUAUCAGGAAACCCCAUCUUUGCUGAAAAGGUAAUGAAUAUUCGAACAGUACUGAACAACCUGGAAAAACCACAAGGCCUUUAUCCUAACUAUCUGAAUCCUAGCAGUGGACAGUGGGGUCAAUAUCAUGUAUCAGUUGGAGGACUUGGAGACAGCUUUUAUGAAUAUUUGCUAAAGGCAUGGUUAAUGUCUGACAAGACAGAUCUAGAAGCUAAGAAGAUGUAUUUUGAUGCUGUUCAGGCAAUUGAGACUCACUUGAUCCGCAAGUCUAGUAGCGGGCUGACUUACAUCGCCGAGUGGAAAGGGGGCCUCCUGGAACACAAGAUGGGCCACCUGACCUGCUUUGCUGGAGGCAUGUUUGCUCUGGGGGCAGACGACGCUCCGGCAGGCCUGACCCAGCACUACCUUCAACUUGGGGCUGAGAUUGCCCGUACCUGUCAUGAGUCUUAUAAUCGCACAUUUGUGAAACUGGGACCAGAAGCUUUUAGAUUCGAUGGCGGUGUUGAAGCCAUUGCGACGAGGCAAAAUGAAAAAUACUACAUCCUACGGCCAGAGGUUGUUGAGACUUACAUGUACAUGUGGCGACUGACUCACGAUCCAAAGUACAGGAAAUGGGCCUGGGAAGCCGUAGAGGCUCUGGAAAAUCACUGCAGAGUGAAUGGCGGCUAUUCAGGCCUAAGGGAUGUUUACCUCAAACAUGACAGUUACGAUGAUGUGCAGCAAAGUUUCUUCCUGGCAGAGACACUAAAAUAUUUGUACUUGAUAUUUUCUGAUGAUGAUCUACUUCCACUGGAACACUGGAUCUUCAAUACUGAGGCACAUCUUCUCCCUGUACUCUAUCCAAAUAAAAAGGAAGUUGAAGUCAAUGAAAAAUAAAAAGACAUUUUAUAUUUUACUCUGCUCCAUUCCCUUCACUGCACACCUUAAUAAUUCCUUUUCUGGUGUUCAGGCACAUGAUGAAUUUUUAUUACUAGCUCUGUGAUUAUUCUAAGUUCUAAAAUUGUUUUGCAGUCUUUUAUGUUUAUCAUCAUAGGCUUAGAUGGGCCUAAAUUCCUUUUCAUAUCCUUUAUUAUUCGGUCAGUAGAUCACAGGUUUUUUAUUUUAAGUAACCUUUUAUAUCUGGAGUUCAGGAAGGUAUAGUAUCAUUUUUAUUAAACUGAAUACAGUGGUAUACCAAUGACCUCUUAAUUAUAAUUUUGAUUUGACUGCAAAACUUUUUCCUCCUCUAUGAGGAGAUGGUGUCUGCUUUAAGCUGUAAUGUUUUGCCAUGUUGCAAAAAGCCAUAAUAAUAAAUUAAAUAUUAAAAAAGCUUUUUCCUUUUCAAUUUCAAUGUUAAUAUGGUUUGUCUAUCCACCAGAGACAGAUCUUAUAACUGUGACAGCCUCGUUAUGCGGGUCUAUCAUUAUUUGAUAGAAUGUCUUCUAAAAUCCUUCACUCACAUUUUAAUUCAACUUAGAAUGUCAUCCCAAAAGGAUCAUCUCAUAUUGACCUCAUUUCGUUGGAACCAUAGUAUAUUUUUUUUGGUUAAUUAUAUUAGCGUUUCCUAAUUUGUGAAUUAGUUCUCAAAUUUUACUUCAAAUGCCCUGUGUCGUUUCUGGAUCAUGUACUGGUUAAUUUCUUUCUUUAUCCACCACACAAGACAGUGAGCUUUCAAGUUUUGCAGAUCUCUGCUAUUAUUGAAUUAUAUUUUUUUAAGGGAAAUAGUAUCACUUUUAGUGUGUCAGCUUUCGCUUUUUACUAAAUACAUGAAGAACUGGGUCUCUAAAGAAAGGGUGAGUAUUUCAUUUGGCUUUUAGUUUGCAUUUCAUCUUUAACUUUUUUUUCUUGAGAAAAAGGAAGCAUUACCUAUGGUUCAGAUUUUUCAGAUUUGAAAAGGGCCCUUUCUCGAAUGUAGUUAAGUUAUUUCAUAUCAGUUUAUUAAAGCAGGAUUUAACUCUGAAAGAAGCUUUGCCAAUGAUUCUAUUCAUGGUCUAUUGAGGAAAAUCUAAUAAACUUUUAGGCCAAAUAAAAAUAUAGUAUAUUUUAUCUGAUUAGAUUCAACAUAGUGACCCCAGUUUAGAACCAAUAUACGAGAUUGGACGCUCCCAAUCCCCUACAAUCCUGCAGCAGAUCAAAAUAGUUAUAUGAUUGUUUAGAGUGUUGUUUUGAGAUAUUAAUGGUUUUCCCAAGAAUAGAUUUGGUGACAGCUUGUGUUUUCUUAGCAUAUUGGUUCAUAUUUUAUGUAUAUUCCCAUGAAAAGGCUAAUACGAUGAUGUAUAUUCUGAGGUACAAAGAGUAUAAUUUUCAACCUAGCAGUGGUCAAAUAGAUCAGUGCAAUCCCAUGGAUUAAGCUGAAGCAUAUGCAAUGGCUGCAUUGUAGUUUUAAAUCUAUCCAAUAUUAGCAAUUUCUUAUGGUUCAGUCUAAUAUUUUUUAAUACAGUUAUUUUCUUGGAUCUCAGUCAACUUCAUUAUUUUACCUAUUUCAGUUUUUGAAAGUGUUUCAAAGGAUUUCAUUUGUCUGAAAGGACCACCUUGUGUGACCUGCUCUUUUUUUCAAUAUUGUAUACUGGUAUAUGUCAAAGAAUAAAUUAAUAAAAUUAGUAAAUGAAAAA